AUGGACACCUUGUGUGCCGAGCACCGCGAUUUGGCCCGGGAGCUUGAAAAUCGUGGUUUGGGAGAUCUCCCCAACGACUUCUGGACAGCCGUUCUUGAGGUCUUUUACAACGCAGUGACUGCCCCAAGUCCUGAGAACAUCCGCUUGCUCAUCAACGAUUAUGAUAGGGGUGGACUGAUGCUGCAUCUGGUCCGCUCACACCAAGGAGGUGGAGAAAUCUUGCACACGGUCAGUGGCGAUUCGAUCAACACCACCUCUCCGGAGAAGACGGAGAAGUCUGAAGGGCCUGAUAUGCAAGAGGGGUAG